CGAGAACCGUUUUGGAAUGUCGUCGUAACGUCCGAACCGACACGCUAGAGCCGAACUCCGGCAAGAGCUCGGCACCGCCAAUGCGGGGAAAUGCGCGAAUUCGAAUCGUUCGUCGUUGGAGAAACAACACUGCACUCGCUCCGUUAAAAAUCUAAAAGCCGACCAGACGGUUUUUAUUUGUAAAACGGCAUAAUUCCGUUGAACCGGCGUGCAAUUACGAUAGACGAAAUACUCGCGCGGUUGUAUAGCAGGCGCCGCGAACAGCGCUCCGACCAGUCCCGAACAAUUACAAAAUUACGUCGUUAUCCGGAUUUCGCGGGGCCAAUCAGAGAACCGAAUCGCGAACCGGUCGCACGAAGCGGCGUGGCCGUGUGCAGCGGCGAUGAGACGACACGGCACACAGUCAUCAAAUACUUGUACUUCAAACUUCAACAGUGAAUCGCGCUACUACUGCAUAUUAUAAUGAACAACGAAGCGAGUCAGCGUUCAAAAAUAAACCGCCCGUUUCGUAUUGUCGCAGUCCGGAUGAUCGCUACGUCCGAUCCGGAUUCGGUGUUCGGCACUAGCAGAUACCACGAUAUCGAACGGGUGCUCACCCCGGGCAGCACAGGUAUGAAUGAAACCGUCCCGGAACAAGCGGAACGUGGAAAUUCUGCGCGAAAACCGCAGGCCCUCUAUACACAACACGGAGCUGCUCAAAAGAAACCGAACUGA